AAGGAGGCGGGCGCAGAUCACCCAUCCCCUACCCACACACACCCUUGCGGCGCUGGGCGGCGCGCCAGAAGCAUGUGGAGGCCCAGGCUGGGAGAGCUGGCGCAGGCAGUAGUAGCGCGGAGGGCCUGUCGCGCCGAACUGCGUACCCUGCAGCUACUGGCGCUCAGGCCUAGGAAGGCUGGGCUCUGCAGCCUCCCGGCCCGCUUGGGUCCCCUGGUUCUGGAAGCAGGGGCUGGAACUGUGACUUCUUGGUCUCCGGGACAGUUGAGUUCUCAGUUCCAAGGUUUCAAAGGCCAGAUUCCAAAGAUCAAAAAGCAGAGUGUUCAUCUGAUGAAUUUGAGGAAAACAGGAACAUUGGGUGACAAAAACUCACUAGAUGAAACCACGUAUGAAAAACUUGCUGAAGAAACACUGGACUCCUUAGCAUAUUUCUUUGAAGAUCUUGGAGACAAGCCUUACACAUCCAAGGAAUAUGAUGUUUCAUUCGGGAGUGGUGUUCUAACAGUAAAGCUGGGUGGAGACCUGGGAACCUAUGUGAUCAACAAACAGACCCCCAACAGGCAGAUCUGGUUGUCUUCUCCAUCCAGUGGUCCCAAACGCUAUGACUGGACAGGGAAGAAUUGGGUGUAUGCUCAUGAUGGAAUGUCCCUCCACGAACUGCUGGAAAUGGAGUUUUCUAAAGCCUUGAAAACUCAAUUAGACAUGUCUUCCCUGGUCUAUUCUGGAAAAGACACUUGACAAAAAUCUAAUUUUUAAAGAUGUUGAAA